AGCGGCGCGUCCCUGCUCGCAAUCUGAUUCACCACGUCAGAAGGGACAUUGAAGCGAUCUCGGAUCGUGUACCAUUGGCCCUGGCCAACCUGUUCUUAGCUGCUCGAAGUCAUAGGAAGUUCGCCAACGACAUGAGCGUAUUUAGCCCUUCAGUGGGUGUGCGCUACAUGCCUUCUGACCGCCAUGUCGUAUCACCAGCUAGCUUGUUUCAGCGUUCGGACUCGUUUGAUGAGGCGACAAGUGACGUGGACGCGCCUUGUCAUCAGCGUGACCACAGCAACAAGGACCGGCGCGAGACUAUACGACGAGCGAUCGCGUUCGUUCGACACCAGCUUCCUUCGCGAGAGGUUACUAGUCACCACAAUACCCGUGAAGACAUGGGUGCAGACAAUCGGCGCUUGGGUGUCUCAGACUCCUGCCCUCCUAUAUCGAAGCGUGCAUUCCCCCGCUCCGACGCUCCCCUUUUUUUACAAACGGCAAGAUAUGCAUCCGACGACAAUCUCUUGGGCAAGGAUCGCACUUCCUUUCACCACGGUCUUCUGCCAGAUGCGGCAUGCGACAUGAAAGACCGGCCUCUUCGACGGUUCCCUGUUCGGUCCAGCUCUGCACAGUCGUUGCAAACGGGCGUUGGAGCUUUCGGUAAACGGGCUCGCCCUCACACCUCUGACGGAGGAAACGAGUCGCCACAGAGGACAGUCUUCAAGAAGUCUCUUGCGAGCGACGUGUCGCAAGCCUCUUCCAGCCUAACAUGUAGCCCUGACACAGCUUCCUCCGCGAGCUCCACGAUGCACUCCAGCUUAUCCACAUCCGCAACAACACUCAUUGGCUCAACGGCUCGUCAAGGUGAUACGAAAGAAUGCCCGGAGUCGAAGAAUCUCGGCUUAGGCAUCACCACUGUCCCUUGCGGCCUUGCUCCCGUCAGACAUGAGCACUGUGGAUAUUCUAUUAACCUCUGGCGAGACGGUACGUGGGGCGAAGCCCCACAUUCGAAAAUCGUCUUGGCUCGCGAUGUCCCACUAGUGUCAAGUGGUUGCCUCUUGACUGAUGCCGCAGCACUUGAUGGUGAUCACACUCUUGUAACGUGCCUGGAAAAAGAUCGGACGGCGCGUGCUCAGCAGCUUGGCAAAGUAGACGGUUGGCACGAAGAGCCUGUCGGUUUGACACCGCCACCUUCCACGAAGAGACCGAGCGUGGAGUCGAAGCUGAAUGGACAUGUAGCCGGUCGACCAACCCGACGCAGAUCUUCCUGCAUCGAGGAAGAUGACGCUUCAAGACUGCAGACGAGCAAGCAUCAAACGUCGCGCUUGCCUGCUCCGGCACCCUCCACGGAACAUAGCUCUGUGAGGCCGCUUGCUACACGCGAUCGCGCCGCAGAAGACGAGCCGUUGACUUUGGAGCACCGCAAGUCUCGAAGCGCCGGCCAAUUCUGCAACGGCUCCCUAUUGGAGCGCAUGGAAUCGUCGAGCGAAGCUCGAAGGUCGCGCAAGGCGGACCGAAGUGGCCACACGUCAUCCUUUACUUUGAGGUCCAUAAGCCCAGCUCUGCCAAACGGUGCGAGGGAGCACGCCGCGAUCGAAGGGGGAGAGUUUCCGCCAGUGCGUCAACUGGAGCUUGCGGCUCUCCUGUGCAACAAGUAUAAUCUGCUCAUUGACGAGGCAGCGGACCUGAUUACCAAAGCUGCAACGAGGUCUAUCAAUUCGGAAACUCCACGUGAUCCACCUUUUGCUCACAAGGCAACGAAGUCUCGAGCUCCAAAGGACCUUGGCAGCCUUUUCAAGCAGGACGUUCCCGUGUGCGACCGGCACAAGCUUUUGAAGACCGGAAUUUUGCACCUCUGUCACACCACCUUACUCCCAGUAUCUUUGCAAUGGGCGAAAGGACGGACAUCGCCACCUGAGCAGCGCGGCAAAAGUCCAGUGCCUCCAGUGGAGGCUUGCAGUCUGCUAGCGGAACCAAGCAUGAGACCAAACGCGACGGCCGCGACAAUACCACAACAGCAAAAAGCCGUCUCGUCCGUGCGACUCAUCACAAGCCUCUUUUUGGACAUUGCGACCCUUUGUUGCUGGUGCGGGCUGGCACCGCAGCCGUCUAGUGCAGCUCAAUUCACCACAGUAGGCUUUGGCCGUGCUAAGGCCGCGACUGCAUUCUUAGACAAUUGCUUGGAUCACUGCCAGUUCUAUGACAGUUCUGUAUCAUUCAUUGUCGUUGCGAACUCCGACCCGACGUCGGAUUCUGAUCAGCAAGGCGCGAGUGAAGGCGUCUCGGAUACUUCGGCCCAACUAUGCCGUUCUCUGGGCUUGCAAGUCGUCAACAACGACGAGAACAACACUGUUCUCGAGUCAGACAACAUCGAAGUCCAGGCCGUGCUUUCUGGAGGCCUUGAAACGGAUCGGGAACGGCUUGAAGAGCUUAGCACGGAUGCGAUCGAACUUGCGGACGCUCCCAAGAUCAUAGCUGAUGCUGACAUGCUGAACCAUUGACCGGGAACGUGUUGCUCAGCACUUCUUUUGCGCCAAGUGGUGUCAGGCAAAACA